AUGGGCACGGAACUCAUAGAGGAGGCAGGUGCGGAGGUGGUCAGGGUCAAGGUCGAACUUCUGGCUCAUCUUGGCGAUGGAGCCAUCUCACUUUCUACUACUGCAAGUACUGAGCUACCUGAAGCCGAAUGUACACCAUGGGAGAAUUUCCAUGCCAUUGGGUGCAAUUGGAGUAAGAAGGAGAUUUGCGCGAAGAAAUGUGGCUCCUUCUCUCGUGUCUGCCCACCUGGUUUCGCCAGGAUGAAACUGACUGCAACAUGCGAGGAAGUGGUGGUGCAUUCCUCAAAUUUCACCCUGGAAGGAACAUUCGACCCGAAAGACUACAACACAGAUGAUCCGGACUGCGAAGAAGGCCAAAAGAUCCAAGAAAUGAUUUCCUUUAUAAAGGCGACUCUGAAAACACUACGAUGCGAUCGGCUUGGCUGUUUGGAACAGGUGAUAAGAGCAGCGGAAAAGGCAGACUUGGGAGACGAGUACAUGGACAUGGACAUCAGGGGAAUCAACACUUUUCCCAUCUCGUCUUACCGAAAAGGAGCUCUCAAAAACCAACUGAAAAUCGUGGGUUUCAUGCAGUUCCCCGCCCAGAAAUACAACGGGACUCAAGCACAUGACUUGCUGGCCAUUCUAAACGAUUCGAAAAAAUGGAAAGAAAUCCUGACAGAGUUUGAGAGUUCUGGAACGAUUCCGAGCGACCUUGACCUAGAUGCUGUUAUCAGCACGGAUAUCAACUAUGAGCCAGAAAGGAUCCCCUGCGCAAAAGAAACGUGCUCGUCGUACGCGACCUGCAUAGAACAUUUGAAUGGGAAGCCUCCGACGUGCGAAUGCCAAGAGCGAUUCCGAGGUCUCAGCCCAGACAUCAUCGGCAAGUUUCUGGAAAAAGUCAUAUUGGGGUUGGUGUUCGGUCUCCUUGUGCUUAUCAGCUGCGUCUUCCUCGUCGUUUUCAGCACCCGUAGACAAAUUGCUCGGAAGAGGGAGAAGUAUGCCAUGAAGGAGAAUGCGAAGAAGACCUGGAAUGAUCCGUAUCGGAGGGAGACGGACAAUCCUGCAUACGAGAGGGGAGGAAUCCCACGCAUUCACCCCAGUAACCCUCGACCUCCUCAAUUCUAUUUUUCCCCUGAAAGGCCUCAGGCAAUGUACAGCAAUCCUGUUCGGCAGGAGCGUCCCCUAUAUCUGAUGGGAACUCGUCCAUCCUUUCUCAUUCUACUGGCGAUCCUCUGGAUCUGCCCCUGGGGGAUGUUGCUCAUUUCCACCGCAGAGGAGCUUGAUGUUGUUGAAGUCAGUGGAGGUUGUGGUCGAUGGUUGAAAUGGUUGCCCAGCCGGUCCCAACCAUGCUCGAGGGACGCCAAGUCCGGUGAAUUGGAAAAGCAGCUUCAUCGCUCCCUGGCGCUGAAUGUGUUUAAUACUGGAUGA